AUGACGAAGUUGACGAUCUCCCAUCUUCCAAGAGAUCUGUUAGAGAGGGAAAUUUUCUCAAAAAUUCCAUCGAAAUAUGUGGGAGCAGUGCGAUCAACCUGUAAAGAGUGGCAAACUUUAAUCAAAAGUUUUAUGACUAUGAGCUUCAAGAUCCGUAACGAAGCUAGGGAAGAAGGGGAGUCAGAGAUGAUCGUGUUGACAGAUAACAAUAUUUGUUUAAUCAGCUUUUUCUUGAAUGGAGGAGAUCCAUAUAUAGAGUUUAAAGGCAAACGUGUUUGCCUAGACAAGGAUUCAGAAAAUUCAGAACAAUUCAUGAUAUCUAAAGUGUUUCAUUGCGAGGGUUUAUUGUUAUGCAUCUUGAAACACGAUGCUACUAAGAUUAUGGUUUGGAAUCCGUAUUGUGGGCAAACAUGGUAUAUCCAACCUAGGUUUUCUUACCGCGCACAAGGACAGGACAGGUUCAGUUAUGCUCUCGGAUACUGCGAGAAUAAUAAUAGGAAUAAAUCUUUUAAAUUCUUGAGGUUUAUAGAUUAUGUUUAUGAGCAGUUUUUUUGGUAUGAAAUCUACGAUUUUGACUCUGGUUUAUGGACAACUCUUGAGAUCACCCCACACUGGCAGAUAAAUUUUGAUGACCUUGGCGUUUCUCUCAAGGGAAACACUUACUGGCUUGCUACAAGAAGGAAUUCAUUCUACCUUUUCGUUACUCACAUCAUCUGUUUUGAUUUUAAAACUGAGAAAUUUGGCCCACUUUUGCUUCUGCCGUUUCAUGAUAAGUAUCAAUUACCCACAGCUAGGAAUCUUAUGACGUCCCUAUCUUGUGUUAGAGAAGAGAAGCUUGCUGCUUUACUAUAUCAGAAUGGUCUUGUUGAGGUAUGGAUUACGACUAGGAUUGAGGCCGAAGAGGUGUCGUGGAGCAAGUUCUUGGCUGUGGAUGUGGGUAACUGCCGCCAUAUUGGUAUUUGUAAAGGGAGUUUCUUCAUUGACGAGGUGAACAAAGUCGCCAUGAUUUUUGAUAACGACUGGAAGCCCGACACGUUUUUCGUCAUUGGAGAGGCUGGACACAUUGCAGACGUUGAUCUCGGAAGACCAACUUGCGACCAAAGAUGUAUGCCAUUCGUGUGUCCUAACUAUGUUCCAAGUUUAGUGGAAAUCAAGCAACCUCCACGGUUCAAAAGGAAAAGACAAAGCAGUUUAGAAAACUGUCGAUAUAAUCGAAACAUGCUGAAACUUGUCUCUCUUGAAAAGCUUAUGAAAAAAAAGGAGAUAACGAGGUUAUCAAAACGGAGAUUACGAGCUUUUAUCAGAUACAUAGAUUGA